AUGGCUACUACGAACGGGACUCUCAGGCACAUACCACUCUCCUACAACAAUGCCGACUCACAAGCCUCCGCGCUGAGGUUGGUUCUCUCCAUUAAUCCCCAUUGGGAAGGAGCCGAUAACCGGAUUGAAUUCAUACGAUUCACUGACGGGAUCACCAAUACUUUAUUGAAGAUCAUCAACCGCAAGCCCGGUUUGACGGAAGAACAGAUCGAUGCCGAGGCCGUGCUGAUGCGCGCGUAUGGUAACCACACCGAAAUUCUCAUAGAUCGUGAAAGGGAAACUAGAUCCCAUACCUUGCUGGCCCAAUAUGGUCUCGCGCCUCCGCUACUAGCCCGGUUUCAGAACGGCCUGUUGUAUCGCUUCAUCCGGGGCCAGCCCACAAAACCAGCUGAUUUGGUUGAACCGGCCAUCUGGAAAGCCGUUGCUCGUCGCCUAGGCCAAUGGCAUGCUACCCUUCCUGUUAUCUCGCAUGCUUCCAGCCAAGCAGCCAACUCCUCGGAUGGCGAAGGUGCUGUCUUUCGCCCCGAGAAAACGAUACCAGUGCAGAAAGGCGACGAUAUUACACCUAUUCGACCUCGUCAGGCCGGGCCCAAUACAUGGACUGUAAUGCAGAAGUGGAUUCUUGCAUUACCAGCCGGUACAGAAGAAGAGCGGUUACGUCGGCAUGGCCUCCAGAAAGAGCUGGAGCGUAUUGUCGCCGAACUCGAUGAUGGAAAUGGCAUUGGUGAAGAUGGGCUCAUUUUUGCCCAUUGCGAUUUACUAUGUGCCAACGUGAUCAUGAUACCUCCAACAACAAAUGGAGCCACUCACAGCCACCAGGAUGUUGAAGAAGUUCACUUCAUCGAUUACGAAUAUGCCACUCCGUCCCCGGCCGCCUUUGAUAUUGCGAACCACUUUGCUGAAUGGGGUGGGUAUGACUGUGACUAUAACAUGAUGCCAACACGCUCCAUACGACGGGAAUUUCUGACGGAAUACGUCAAGAGUUUCGUUAAGCACGGGGGCAAGGGGGCAGAUUCUGACCAGCAAAAAGUGGUGGACAAACUCUUCCAAGAUGUAGACCGAUUCAGAGGAAUCCCCGGUUUCUAUUGGGGUGUUUGGUCUCUUAUCCAAGCAACAAUCUCACAAAUCGACUUUGACUAUGCCUCGUACGCAGAAGUCCGACUGGGCGAAUACUGGGCUUGGCGACACGAGCAAGAUGGAACCCGCGCUCAAAACACCGGCGAAGAAAUGCCGCUACGAGAACGGAGAUGGGCGCAGGAAGCCUAA